UAAUCAUCCAUCAAAUGAACUGUUACCGACAAUCAUUAAAUGUGCAAUGUGCAAUGGGGGCAAUGCUUCUUCUAAGUUCUAAGUAGUAACUCGUUUUAGUGUGCUCUAACUAAAAAUACAUGCACCGAUUCUUGAGCUACAAUGCAUCACCUUUAGCACGAGUUUUUCAUUUCUAGCUCAGAGCUAACCGCUAGACUGUAGCACCUAAAUCGUUGAUUCUAUUUAAUAAGCAAACUUUAGUCCAUCUUCAGCCUCGCAUGGGAAGUAUCGUUUCUUGUAAAGAUGCUUGAAGCAUUUUUUAUCACCGACAAUGUGCUUCACGCUGCAGCUUUCCUGAUUUUGCUGGCCAAAAUUCUGCGAUCGAAAUCUUGUGCUAACAUAUCCGGAAAAACACAAAUCCUUUACGCUUUUCUGUCAACUCUGCGUUACCUUCAUCUCCUUUCACCUGAAUACAGCAACAGUCACACAGAGCUCAUGUUAAAGAUCACUUUCAUUGCAAUGAAUUAUCUAACGGUGUACCUCAUCUAUGGGCCUUGCCGAAAGACCUACGAUCAGGACCAUGAUACCUUGUACAACGAGUUCCUCGUCGUACCCUGCUUUGUGCUAGCGUUGUUCUACGCAGAAAGCCCAUGCAACCCUCAGGAUAUCCUGUGGACAUUUUCCGUGCUCCUCGAAGCUGUCGCCAUUGUUCCUCAACUGGAUUUAAUAUGCUGAAUCAAUGCCGUCGAUCAUUACACGGUGUGCUACCUGGCUUUGCUUGUUCUGAAGCCAAUUAUCUUCGUAAUCGCUGGUGCUUAUCAUUACUUGAACCGAACAUCAUACGAUGCUACCUCUAUGUACGCGAGCUUCAUACAGAUCGCUAUUUUUUCGCUGCUAUUUGCGCGGAUCCACAUGAUGCGAUGCCGGCAACGAUGGGCUAUACAUAAUGUGAUAAUAUAAAUAACGUCUUUAAUUAACCAGCUUGCAUGGAACACAUGGAGGCUCUAGCUCCAGUAUGUUUUGAUCUGUGGCUAGAGGAUGAGCGUCUGGUCGCAUGUAAUGUCUAAUUAAUAAGUAGGUAGUAUUUAGUUUUAUUAUGCUAGAAAACGAUGUUUUAUGAUCGCUAAAAGCAGGCUGUUUGCCAGGAACAGGAACCAUGAUUUUGUCAGCCAACGCACUUUUUUUUUUUAAAAGAGUUCUAAAUUUGCGAGAUAAAAAUCACAAAAUGCAUCCUCUGAAGAUCCAAAGUAUAGUUUUAACAUGCUGCUUACAAGGAAAAUACUAAAAAAACCGUUGUUGUCUUGUGAGAUUGGUUUUUCUUAAGAAAACAUUAUCGGUACUUGAAUAAGUCAAGUGGGCGGUAAAAGCAGUGG